AUGGAGCCCCCUGCUGGUGACUUACAGCUGGUGCCUGGAGCCACCAAGGACGUCCUGGCUGCAGAUGCCGGGUGCUGCCGGGCAGCCCUCUCCACCGUCGUGGCCACCAGCAUCGUCCUCGUCACCCUGGGAGUCCUUGUGGCCUCCCUCUCUACACAGGGCGUCGACGUAGAGCACACAGCCGAGCUGCGUGGGAUCCGGUUUGCCCCCAGCUUGCAGCAGGAGACCUCAGAGUACUACCGCACGCUGACGCCCACUCUGGAAAUGCUGUUUGUCAGCAGCUUUCAAGAGACAGAGUUGGAGUCCAGCUGCGUGGGCUGCACAGUGCUGAGUUACUGGGAGGGCAAUGCCAGCGUCCUGGUGCAUUUCCGGCUGCACUUUCUGCUGCUGGCCCUGUGGACGCCGAGCCCAGGCCUGGAGGAGCAGCUAUUGCAGCAGGGACUUCAUGCAAGGCUGCAGGGCCUCGGCAUCCCCCUGGCCCCCUAUGGCACCAUUGUGUCUGCCCAGCUCACAGGAAGCCAGAAGGGGCUGCUGACAGAAAGAGACUUAAAAUCAGGUCGCUGUCCAGGGACUGCCUUUUCCUGCGGGAACAGCCAGUGUGUGACCAAGCUGAACCCAGAGUGUGAUGACACGGCGGACUGCUCCGACGGCUCCGACGAGGCCCACUGUGACUGUGGCUUGCAGCCUGGCUGGAAGACCGCUGGCAGGAUUGUGGGUGGUGUGGAAGCGUCCCCAGGGGAGUUCCCUUGGCAAGUCAGCCUCCGUGAAAACAACGAACACUUCUGUGGGGCUGCCAUCAUCAGUGCCAGGUGGCUGGUGUCUGCUGCCCACUGCUUCAACGAAUUCCAGGACUCCCCGGAGUGGGUGGCUUACGUGGGCACCACCUACCUCAGCGGCUCAGAGGCCAGCACGGUGCGGGCCCGCGUGGCCCGGAUCAUCACACACCCAUCCUACAACUCGGACACAGCUGACUUCGACGUGGCGGUGCUGGAGCUGGGCGGACCCCUGCCCUUCAGCCGGCACGUGCAGCCCGUGUGCCUGCCGGCCGCCUCGCACGUCUUCCCACCAAGGAAGAAGUGCCUCAUCUCAGGCUGGGGCUACCUCAAGGAGGACUUCCUGAUCAAGCCAGAAAUGCUGCAGAAGGCUACUGUGGAGCUGUUGGACCAGGCCCUGUGCACUAGCCUCUACGGCCACUCACUCACUGACAGGAUGGUGUGUGCUGGCUACCUGGAUGGGAAGGUGGAUUCCUGCCAGGGUGACUCGGGGGGCCCCCUGGUCUGCGAGGAGCCCUCUGGUAGGUUCUUCCUGGCCGGCAUCGUGAGCUGGGGAAUCGGCUGUGCGGAAGCCCGGCGUCCAGGGGUCUAUGCCCGGGUGACCAGCCUGCGGGACUGGAUCCUGGAGACCAUUGCCGCUGCAAGCAAGCCUCCCGUCCCCACGGUGGCUCUCGUCUCCACCACUCUCAGCCCUGCCUGGCCCACCAGCCCCAAGAGCCUGGUGACUGACGCCCGCACCAGACCCACACUGGCCACCAGCACUGUGCCUCUCAACUUGGCCACCACUUCUAAGCCACAAGAGUGUGGGGCCAGGCCGGCGUUGGAGAAGCCCACCCGGAUCGUGGGGGGGCUAGGGGCCGCCUUGGGGGAGGUGCCCUGGCAGGUCAGCCUGAAGGAGGGCUCGCGGCACUUCUGCGGAGCCACCGUGGUGGGGGACCGCUGGCUGCUGUCUGCUGCCCACUGCUUCAACCACACGAAGCUGGAGCUGGUGCGGGCCCAGCUGGGCACCGCAUCCCUGUCGGGCGUUGGCGGGAGCCCCGUGAAGGUGGGGCUCAGGCGGGUGGUGCUGCACCCCCAGUACAACCCCAGCAUCCUGGACUUCGACGUGGCUGUGCUGGAGCUGGCCAAGCCUUUGAUCUUCAACAAGUAUGUGCAGCCCGUCUGCCUGCCGCUGGCCAUCCAGAAGUUCCCUGUGGGCCGCAAGUGUGUGAUCUCCGGGUGGGGCAACACGCAGGAGGGCAACGCCACCAAGCCUGACCUCCUGCAGCGGGCGUCCGUGGGCAUCAUCGACCACAAGGCAUGUAGCGCCCUCUACAACUUCUCGCUCACGGACAGGAUGAUCUGCGCCGGCUUCCUGGAGGGCAAGGUGGACUCCUGCCAGGGUGACUCUGGGGGACCCCUGGCCUGUGAGGAGACACCCGGUGUGUUUUAUCUGGCUGGGAUUGUGAGCUGGGGCAUUGGCUGUGCGCAGGUCAAGAAACCAGGCGUGUAUACCCGCAUCACUCAGCUCAAGGGCUGGAUCCUGGCCACCAUGUCCUCCCACUCUCUCCCCAUGGCCCCGCUGCCCGCCACGAGGACGCCCACCAGCAGUCACACCACCAGGACAACAACAGGCCUCACGGUCCCGGGAGUCACGACCAGCACACCCACUCCCCGGGCCACCAGCAGGGUGACCAGUCAACCUGCUGACAGGACCACCGCCGCUGUGACCUCCACCCCUAGGGGGCAGACACCACUGGCCCCCACUCCCAAGACCACGGUGGGCGCCCAGCUGCCAGACUGCGGCCUGGCACCGGCUGCAGCGCUGACCCGGAUCGUGGGCGGCAGCGCUGCGGGCCGCGGGGAGUGGCCGUGGCAGGUGAGCCUGUGGCUGCGGCGGCGGGAGCACCGCUGCGGGGCUGUGCUGGUGGCCGAGAGGUGGCUGCUGUCAGCGGCGCACUGCUUCGACGUCUACGGGGACCCCAAGCAGUGGGCAGCCUUCCUGGGCACGCCGUUCCUGAGUGGCGCUGACGGGCAGCUGGAGCGCGUGGCGCGCAUCCACAAGCACCCCUUCUACAACCUCUACACACUCGACUACGACGUGGCACUGCUUGAGCUGGUGGGGCCAGUACGCCGCAGCCGCCUGGUGCGGCCCAUCUGCCUGCCCGAGCCGGCCCCACGGCUCCCCGACGGUGCACACUGCAUCAUCACAGGCUGGGGCUCCGUGCGCGAGGGAGGCUCGAUGGCCAGGCAGCUGCAGAAGGCGGCCGUGCGGCUGCUCAGCGAGCAGACCUGCCGCCGCUUCUACCCGGUGCAGAUCAGCAGCCGCAUGCUGUGCGCCGGCUUCCCGCAGGGAGGCGUGGACAGCUGCUCGGGUGACGCCGGGGGACCCCUGGCCUGCAGGGAGCCCUCCGGCCGCUGGGUGCUAACUGGGGUCACCAGCUGGGGUUACGGCUGUGGGCGGCCCCAGUUCCCGGGCGUGUACACCCGGGUGGCUGCUGUCAGAGGCUGGAUUGGGCAGAACAUCCAGGAGUGA